AUGGCGCGCACGAAGCAGACGGCGCGUAAGUCGACGGGCGGGAAGGCGCCCCGCAAGCAGCUGGCCACCAAGGCUGCGCGCAAGAGCGCGCCGGCCACGGGCGGCGUCAAGAAGCCGCACCGCUACCGGCCCGGCACGGUGGCGCUGCGCGAGAUCCGGCGCUACCAGAAGUCGACGGAGCUGCUGAUCCGCAAGCUGCCCUUCCAGCGCCUGGUGCGCGAGAUCGCGCAGGACUUCAAGACCGACCUGCGCUUCCAGAGCUCGGCCGUCAUGGCGCUGCAGGAGGCCAGCGAGGCCUACCUGGUGGGGCUCUUCGAGGACACCAACCUGUGUGCCAUCCACGCCAAGCGUGUCACCAUCAUGCCCAAGGACAUCCAGCUGGCCCGGCGCAUCCGCGGCGAGCGUGCCUGAGUUGCUUGCCGUUGCUGCUUCCGGCCAGGCAUUGAGGCAACCCCCAUAGACCCAAAGGCUCUUUUAAGAGCCACUACAUGUACAAUUAAAAGAGCUGAGGCGCUGCUUUGAGAGGUGCAGUCUUAAUUGUUGGGUGAUGAGAAAGCUCUUCUCUGGAGAGGUGUCUAUAUCUAAAGAAUAUUAAUUUUUCUGCAGACGUUCUGUAAUGUGCCAAACAUGUUGUGUAAUAUUUCCUUAUGCUACAGUCUCAGGUAUCAAUAAAUAUGCAAUGAUACCCAGGAAACUCAAGCUCUUCUGGAGCCAGGUAGUUUUUUUUUAACUUUGUAGUUUUUAGACCAGGACUACAGCAGGCACAGUUGUUUCCACAAUCACCCCUCCUUCCUUAGAGCUGUGUCGUUAGGCAGAGUCAUAAUGAUAUAAACUCCAUUACUCUUCUUAAUACAAUUUAACUAAUGUUUUUUCACUUUUCCUGCCCUCAGC